AAAUAUAAAAAAGGAUAAGUCAUGAAGACACUUAAAUAUAGUUUGCAGGUACGAACUGUUAACUCUAAUGGUUGAGAACUCAAACGAUUUUUGUCACAACUUGUAACAAAUUCUUUUGUCGAAUCGCCAUUCAAAAAAAAAAAACUUUUGUCGAAUCAGAAACCCCAAACUGACGCGCUAAUUCUAUUUUUGGUACUUUUUUAUUCAUUUUAUUAUUAUUAUUAUUAAAAAGACUUUUGAAUUUUCGAAAUGUCUUUUUUCUUCUUUCUCCCACAUUCUCACCCAGUCACACCACUACUUUAGGCAGUUACCUUCGCUCACAAGUGUUUCCAAUAUUCUCCUACUUAAACCCACUCUCACACCUCACUCUCCUCAUUUUCCACCAACACAAAACUUCUCUUUCUCUCUCUCUCUCUCUUGUAACCGUUUCGUUUUUCAUCACAAUGUCUCGUCGCGGUGGUGGAAACCCUUCCGAUAACCGUCGUAACCAACCACAACCAUCUCCGGCUACAUCUCGUCUCAAUGCUGCCGGAACAGGCCGUGGUGGUGGUGGUCGUGGAUCUCGCGGUGGACAUACCGUUCCAUCUUCUUCAUCGGUCCACGUACCUCCUCCGGCACCGAUCAACACCGCUGCUUCAUCUGUUGUAGCGCCGGUCGUUCAUCCUGUUCAUCCAUCCGUUUCUGCUCCCGUUACCGGCUCUAGUUCGGCUCCGACUGUACCUUCUCCGGCUCCGGCGACGGUUUCCGCCGAAGCGCUGUCUACUGAAGUUCAACAGAAGCUUACUCUGCAAUCGGCUUCCGCUCCGGCGUCUCAGAAGGCGAUCAGGUUCCCUAAUCGUCCUGGUUAUGGUCAGUUAGGGAAAAAAGUGCAAGUUCGUGCUAAUCAUUUUCAGAUGCAAGUUGCUGAGAGGGAUCUGCAUCACUACGAUGUGUCGAUUGCGCCGGAGAUUCCUUCAAAAAAAGUGUCCAGAGACAUUAUCAAUCAGUUGGUUAAGAUGCAUCGGGAGUCACUGUUAGAGAAUCGCAUUCCUGCUUAUGAUGGUAGGAAGAGCCUGUUUACUGCUGGACCAUUACCGUUUACUUCUAAGGUUUUUGUGGUUAACUUGGUUGACGAGGAUCGAGGAUCCUCUUCUGGUUCUGAUAGGAAAAAGCGUGAACGCGAGUUUAAGGUUACGAUUCGGUUUGCUUCAAAGCCAGACAUCGUCCAUCUUAAUCAGUUUCUCCGUCGUUUGCAGCCGGAUUGUCCUUAUGAAACCAUACAAGUUCUUGAUGUUGCUUUGCGGGCGACUCCAGCUGAAAUGUACACUGUUGCAGGGAGGUCAUUUUUCUCACCCAAUUUGGGGGCACCUGGGCCUCUUGGCGGCGGGACAGAAUUUUGGAGAGGCUUUUAUCAAAGCCUUAGGCCAACACAAAUGGGGCUCUCCCUCAACAUUGAUGUAUCUUCGAGGGCCUUCUAUGAACCGGUUCUUGUGACUGAAUUUGUUUCUAAAAAUUUUAAAUUGAAUUUUUCAAGGCAGCUGUCUGAUCAAGACCGUCUCAAGAUCAGAAGAGCCUUGAAAGGUCUUAAGGUACGGCUAUCUCAUGGGGCUGGAAUGAGGAGUUGUAAGGUGACUGGUCUCUCAAAAGAGCCACUCAAAGACCUAACGUUCACACUUGAGGAUAAAGUAACUAAGAAAAAAGUUCUGGAUUAUUUCCAUGAGAAAUACAAUAUUGAGUUGAAGUUUCCACUUCUUCCUGCUAUCCAAUCUGGAAGUGACGCAAGACCUAUGUAUUUUCCAAUGGAGCUUUGCCGAAUUGAGUCUGGACAGAGGUACUCCAAAAGAUUGAAUGAAGAGCAAGUAACCAAUCUUUUAAGGGCUACCUGCCAGCGUCCUCAUCAGAGAGAACAAGAUAUUAAAAAUAUCGUAAAGCAGCACCGCUUCAACUCAGACAAGGUUGUGAAGGAGUUUGGAAUCAAUGUAAGAGAGGAUCUUGCUCUGGUUGAUGCCCGUGUUUUGACACCCCCAACGCUCAAAUAUCAUGGAACUGGUGGAGAAUCAAAACUUGACCCUCGGAUGGGUCAGUGGAAUAUGAUUUCUAAGAAAAUGGUUGAUGGUGGCAAGGUUCAAUUUUGGGGUUGCCUUUGCUUUGCAAAAAUGGACCCAACUAUGUUUUGCCAAGAGUUGGUUACUAUGUGUCAAGCCAAGGGACUGGUUUUCAACCGAGAUCCUGUGGUACCUCUUUCCCCAGGCAAUCCUAAUCAAAUUGAGAGAGAGCUUGAGAAUUUUAACAAGAAGUGCAAGGCAAUACUUGAAAGCAAACAGCAGAGGCUUCAAUUGCUGAUAAUAAUUAUGCCUGAUUUCAAGGGUGUGAGAACUUAUGAUAAAAUAAAGCGUGUCUGUGAAACUGAACUGGGAAUUGUUUCUCAAUGUUGUCAGCCAAGGCAAGCGCAAAAGUUGAAUAAGCAGUAUCUUGAAAAUUUGGCUUUGAAGAUUAAUGUCAAGGUUGGUGGUCGUAACACUGUGCUGAAUGAUGCAUUUGAGAGAAGAAUUCCACUUGUAACUGAUAGACCAACGAUAAUAUUUGGUGCGGAUGUAACACAUCCACAGCCAGGGGAAGACUCAAGUCCUUCUAUAGCUGCAGUGGUGGCAUCCAUGGAUUGGCCUUGGGUCACCAAGUACAGGGGAGUUUAUUCUGCCCAGUCUCAUAGGGAAGAAAUUAUUCAGGAUCUGUAUAAAACUGUAGUGCAUCCUCAAAGGGGGGUUGUACCUAGUGGAAUGAUAAGGGAGCUAAUUGUGUCUUUCUAUAAGGCAACUGGGCGUAAGCCUGAGAGGAUUAUAUUUUACAGAGAUGGAGUAAGUGAAGGGCAGUUUAGUCAGGUUUUGCUUUAUGAGGUGGAUGCAAUCCGAAAGGCUUGUGCCUCGAUAGAAAAUGGGUAUCUACCUCCAAUUACUUUUGUGGUGGUCCAAAAGAGACAUCAUACCCGCCUCUUUCCUGUAAGAAGAGAAGAGACAGACAAAAGUGGAAAUAUAAUGCCAGGAACUGUGGUAGACACCAACAUUUGCCACCCCAGAGAAUUUGAUUUUUAUCUCAACAGCCAUGCUGGGAUUCAGGGCACUAGUCGACCAGCUCAUUAUCAUGUGUUGUUUGAUGAAAAUCGCUUCAGUGCAGAUCACUUACAGAGUUUGACCAAUAACUUGUGUUACACUUAUGCUAGGUGUACUCGAUCAGUGUCAAUAGUUCCUCCUGCUUAUUAUGCACACUUGUUAGCUUUCCGAACUCGCUACUACCUCAGUGACGCUGCUGACACUUCUGAUUCUGAUUCUGCAAAUGGCGGUACUAGGAAUGCCACCAAUGUGGUGGCGGCACUUCCCUCCAUCAUUGAAAGCGUCAAAGAUAACAUGUUUUAUGUUUAAUAUUGGUUUGGCAAUAUUAGUUUGGAGGAUAGUUUUGGAUGAUGUGUUUUCACCGUGCCCUUUUUGGAUAAAAUAUAUGCUUGACAUAUAUUUUUUGGGUGGACCUUUUUUAUUUGAUUAUUAUGGUUAUAAGUUCUAGACAGAUUUUGUAUAUGAUGCAUAUGAUGUUUGCUACCAUGGAUAUGUUUAGCAAUAUUUUGAAAUGAUGGUACAUAUGGUGCCACCAUGGAUAUCGUUAUUAUAAAUAUAUAUAUUGAAGUUAUGGUUA